AUGUGGCUCUACCUCACCAUUGUAACGGUAACCAGCACUGCUUUAGCUAUACCAGCGCCAAAAGAAGCUAGUCAAAAUAAGACUAGAGCGCCACACCUGAUUAAAGAAAAAAUUCUCAAGGAGUCAGCUGCAUUGAACGAACCUGAACAAGAAGUCUACAAUGUAUCAAUAGCAUUUGCCAACGAUACCAGCAGUUCGGAAUUGAAGACAAUCAGAUCGAAGCGAUGCGUAUGCCCAUGUCCUUGUCCAUGUUUCCCUCCGGCUCCACCAUGUGUGAUACCGUGUCCAGUUCGAAUGCCGAUCGGUGUGCCGUGUCCUUUUCCUGAACCGGUUCCGAUGCCUAUUCCGGCUCCAGUUCCUGUACCGGUACCACGGCCAGUGCCAAUAAUCUGUGCUCCGGUACCGAUUCCUGAACCAGUUCCACUACCGGUUCCACAGCCUAUGCCAGUGCCAGUGCCUGCACCUGUACCAGCUCCAGUGCCUGUCGACAUACCAGUUUUUUGUGGAGGACCAUGUCCAUGUCCAUGCCCAUGUCCCUGCCCAUUUCCUCCAUUUCCUUGUCAUAUGAAGGGCAAAGAUAAAAUGACAACUUUUAGUGAACCGGCGGUUUGA